UGGGCCUAUCAAUAACCAAUAACUUCAUAUUUUUCGGCCCAACCCAUCGUAUAUUUUUGACUAGUCUCUCCAGAACUAUGUACACUUUCUUUUCUUUUUUUCGCUCCCUCGUAUAUUAUAAUAGUGAGACCUCUGGUAUUUUUUUGACUACUCUCCAGAAUCAUGCGACUAGUCUCCAGAAUUAUGUGUUCACGAAUGGGUGAGAUGAUUGAUUUGUUUCUACUCGCUCUCAUGGCCGGAUUCAUUGCAGUGGCGUAUGUUUUCCGAUCAAAGCAGAAGAAGAAUUUACCGCCAAAUCCUGUAGGUUUUCCGGUGAUCGGACACCUCCACCUUCUCAAAGAACCUGUUCACCGUUCCCUUCGUGACCUCUCUCGAAACCUCGGCAUCGACGUGUUUAUUCUCCGGCUAGGCUCUCGUCGAGCGGUGGUUGUAACGUCAGCUUCAGCUGCGGAGGAGUUCUUAUCUCAGCAAAACGAUGUUGUUUUCGCCAACAGGCCUCUCGCUACUUUAACUGAAUACAUGGGUUACAACAACACGCUGGUUAGCACAGCUCCGUACGGGGAGCAUUGGCGCAGACUCCGCCGUUUCUGCGCCGUAGAUAUCUUGUCCACCGCUCGUCUCAGAGACUUUUCGGAUAUACGGAGAGACGAAGUGAGAGCUAUGAUUCGGAAGAUCAACGUGGAACUGGUAACAUCAGGAGGCAGUGUCAGAUUGAAACUCCAGCCGUUUCUUUAUGGGCUUACGUAUAACAUCCUAAUGAGCAUGGUCGCUGGAAAACGAGAGGAAGACGAGGAAACUAAGGAAGUUCGGAAGCUGAUUAGGGAGGUGUUCGAUUUCGCUGGUGUUAAUUAUGUCGGAGAUUUUCUCCCGACUCUGAAGCUCUUUGAUCUUGAUGGAUACAGAAAGAGAGCAAAGAAACUCGCUUCGAAAUUGGACAAGUUUAUGCAGAAAUUAGUCGACGAGCAUCGGAAAAACAGAGGAAAAGCAGAGCUUGAGAAAACGAUGAUCACUCGUUUGCUGUCUCUUCAAGAAUCAGAACCUGAAUGUUACACUGAUGAUAUCAUCAAAGGGCUCGUACAGGUGAUGUUGCUUGCUGGAACGGACACAACCGCAGUGACGUUGGAGUGGGCUAUGGCUAACCUUCUAAAUCAUCCGGAAGUUUUAAGGAAACUCAAAACGGAACUAAACGAGGUUUCGAAAGAAGGGCGUGUGUUUGAGGAAUCAGAUACUGGCAAGUGUCCCUAUCUCAACAAUGUGAUCUCUGAGACUCUUCGUUUGUUUCCGGCGGCGCCCUUACUUGUCCCACACGCUUCAUCCACUGACUGUGAAGUCGCUGGAUUUGACAUUCCACGUCGCACCUGGCUAUUUAUCAAUGCGUGGGCUAUUCAGAGAGACCCAAAUGUAUGGGAUGACCCAGAAACUUUCAAACCAGAGAGGUUUGAAUCAGAGACCCAUCGUGGUAAGUUUCUGCCUUUCGGAAUCGGUAGGAGAGCAUGUCCUGGUAUGGGCCUGGCCCAACUAGUACUGAGCUUAGCUUUAGGCUCAUUGAUCCAGUGUUUCGAUUGGGAGAGAGACAAUGACGUUGCCGUUGACAUGUCGGAAGGAAAGGGUCUUACCAUGCCCAAAUCUGUGCCUUUAGUUGCCAAAUGCAAGUCUUUACCAAUCCUCGACAAACUUGUUCUUUAACUGGAUCAUUUAUCUUUCACUUUGUGAUACUUUGUGUAUUAAUUUGAUCUAUUAUCAUCAUUAAGCGUAGUUAUAAAUAAAAAUUUAUUUUAUUUUC